UUUGAAACAGAGAAAUCCGACUACAAAAAUAGAAACCGAAGAAAUUGGAAGCUGAGCUAGCAUCAUUUGAUUUGUGUCCAAAAAUGAGAUUGAUUGUGUCUCUUCCAAUUUCCAAAUUUCAUUUCUUGACGCACACGUAGCGCUCAAAUCACACUGAUUUUCUCCUAUUUUUAUUAACUGUGAUGCAAGGGAUUGCUUCCACGUACCACCUCUAUGGCGCCUAUAUAUAUACUCGUAUAUAUCCGCACCGAUCGACAAGUGCAAAAAAAUCAAAACUUAUUUUGGAGCUGUAGACGUUAAUCAGUGAAGGAAUUUAAGAAAUGUCUGGAACAAAUGGCCAAGUUAUUCGCUGCAAAGCCGCGGUGGCAUGGGAGGCAGGGAAGCCUUUGGUGAUUGAGGAAGUCGAGGUGGCGCCGCCGCAGAAAAUGGAAGUCCGUGUUAAGAUUCUGUUCACCUCCCUUUGCCACACUGAUGUCUAUUUCUGGGAGGCCAAGGGACAAACACCUCUGUUUCCUCGCAUCUUUGGCCACGAAGCAGGAGGAGUUGUGGAGAGUGUAGGUGAAGGUGUGAGCGAGCUCGCCCCAGGAGACCACGUGCUCCCCGUGUUCACGGGCGAGUGCAAGGAGUGCCGCCACUGCAAAUCAGCUGAGAGCAACAUGUGUGACCUCCUCCGGAUCAACACGGAUAGGGGGGUGAUGAUCGGGGAUGGGAAGGCGAGGUUCUCCAAAGAUGGGAAGCCAAUAUACCACUUUGUUGGAACCUCGACCUUUAGUGAGUACACAGUGGUCCACGUUGGCUGCCUCGCCAAGAUCAAUCCGGCCGCCCCAAUGGAUAAAGUCUGUGUUCUCAGCUGUGGCAUUUCCACAGGACUUGGGGCGGCUCUGAAUGUUGCCAAACCAACGAAAGGGUCGACCGUUGCUGUGUUUGGGUUGGGGGCUGUUGGCCUUGCUGCUGCUGAAGGGGCUCGGAUAGCUGGCGCUGCAAGGAUCAUUGGUGUUGAUCUAAACACAAAUCGCUUUGAUGAAGCAAAGAAAUUCGGUGUUACCGAAUUUGUGAAUCCUAAGGAUCAUGACAAGCCUAUACAAGAGGUCCUAGUUGGGAUGACUGAUGGUGGAGUCGACCGUAGCAUCGAGUGCACAGGGAAUGUUAACGCGAUGAUAUCUGCAUUCGAAUGUGUUCAUGAUGGUUGGGGCGUGGCCGUGCUCGUUGGGGUUCCUAACAAGGACGACGCAUUCAAAACGCAUCCCCUCAAUUUGCUGAAUGAGAGAACUCUCAAGGGAACCUUUUUUGGCAAUUACAAGCCCCGGACAGAUAUUCCAGUUGUUGUUGAACAGUAUAUGAAGAAGGAGAUGGACCUGCAGCUGGAGAAGUUCAUCACGCACCGUGUUCCCUUCUCGGAGAUCAACAAGGCGUUCGACUACAUGCUGCGGGGCGAGUCCAUCCGAUGCAUCAUCACCAUGGGGAAUUGAUGUUGUAGAGUCGACCUAUCUACAUUUUCAAGACUAGUAGAAUCGUAUGUGUGUUGGAAGAGAUGGAUAAAUAAAAUGUGUUGGUUGCAGUAGUUCUUUAUGAAUUAAGUACCUUUAGUUUUUCAACAAUGUAAAUUUUAAAGCUUGAUUACUUGUCUAUUUAGAUUUUCUAAGG